AUGCAGGGUGACCCGGUGUACGACUAUCCUGACGCUCGGCCCGUGGGGGACAGACGGUCAUGUCAACAGAGAGGAUCCCUGAGGAGCAUCAGUGUACUGGACCGGCUCUUGUUAACACACCCUGUGUGGCUCCAGCUCUCCAUUAACUCAGCUACAGCUCUACAUAUCCUGCGGCGCGAGCCCCCCGGGACCUUCCUGGUGCGUAGGUCAAGUACAUCGCAGAAAAAAAUGCUUUGUGUUCGGCUGGCGGACGACAACGUGCCGUCUUUCUUCAAACAGGUGUUUAUCAGAGAAGAGGACUCUGCGUUCUCUUUGGAAAGCUCAGCUAUCAGUUUCCCAGACCUGUGCAGACUCAUCGCGUUCUACUGUGUUAGUCGGGAUGUUCUUCCUUUCACUCUGGAGCUGCCUGAAGCAAUCGCCAAGGCUUCUUCCCACAAACAGUUGGAGUCAAUCUCUCAUAUGGGUGUGGAGUUCUGGAGUUCCCAGUUAAAUGUUCGGGGCCCUCGCAAUGAACCUCUUGUCGCUGACGAACUCUUGCCUCCGUCUCCAAGCCCACAAGACUGCUUAACACCCAUCGACACAAACUCCACCCCGUUCCAGGAGCUUUGUCCAAUCCAAACACGGAGUCCCUGCGAGCUAGAUUAUGGGGGAGGCAAAGGUUUAUGUUUUGUCAACCCUCUUUUCCUACAAGACUACCCAGGGCGCAACGCCAUGCGCAGGCGUCAUCAUUUCAAAACCAGUGUGAAGGUUCGUGUCUCCACUGAAAAUUCCAGCUCCCUGUCGCCCCCUGUCCUCCCACCACCUCCACCGCCGUUACUGGCUAAAGCCAAAUGCAAAGCCAGAUUGAAAGCUGCAAAGCAGAUGACUCCACCUGUCGCAGUUCAGGCCAUAGAGGAAGCCACAGACUAUAUGCAACCUUGUGUAGUGUCACAGAAGAAAGCCAAGGUCACCUCUACCCUCUCUCCCACUGCUGAAGAAGACUAUCAGAUGCCCAAAGCUCUUCAGAAGGCCCAGCUGAAAAUCCUGGAGCAGAAAGGACAGGAAGAAGAAGAUGAGGAGGAGGAGGAAGGGCUUGUGUUGGAACAACGCCAUGCUCCGUCUCUCAGUGAGCUGGACAGCAGCAGUUCCCUCAGCAGCCUCGACGAGGCGGAGGACAGUCCCGAACGUCCUGCUCUUGCACGAGGCACUAGCAACCCCGUCAUGCCUCCUCCAAGGAAGUCUAUGUCCGCCCUGCGCAAAAUGAGCGCCGCCUUCAUAUCCCUUUUUGCCCCAGAGAAGCGAGUGGCGCGGAUGGUGGAGGACCUGUCUCGUGACCGUCGCAUGGCGUUUGGUGCUCUGGUCCAGGACUUUCUGAGGCAGCAGAGAGAGGCGCUGAAGCCACAUUGCUUGACCUCUGCUGUACAGCUGCUGCAGGAUUUGCGUCUCUUCAUCAAUCAGGCCAAAGCGUUCCUUCUGGAGUGUGGCGAGCUGGAACCUCCGAUAGAAACUCUUCUGACUGAGAAUGAGAAAGACCAAGCGUUGGAAAAGGCCAUGUUCCGCUGUGUGCUGAAGCCUCUGAAGCCUCAGAUUGAUGCGGCUCUUCGGACCCUGCACAAACAAGAUGGAUCCUUCCAGAGAAUGAUGGACAGCUUGCAAAGAGCCAAAGGAGUCUCACCGCAGAAGCUCUUUGGGGUUCAGGUGGGCGUUCCUGACGCCCCGGGCAUUGAGAAAAUUAAGCACAAGCUGACUCUAAUGCAGCGGGCGUACUCGCCCAUCGACAAAGUGCUGCUGCUCUUGCAGAUCUGCAAACUCAUUUACAAAGCCAUGAGAAACAAAUCAGGGCAGGAAUUUGGAGCAGAUGACUUCCUGCCUGCUCUCUCCUAUGUGAUGGUGCUGUGCAAUAUGCCAGAGAUCUCUCUGGAGGUGGAGUAUAUGAUGGAGCUUUUGGAAAGCUCUUGGCUUACAGGAGAAGGCGGUUACUAUCUGACAAGCCUCUACGCCAGUCUGAGUCUGAUUCAGAGUCAGCCAGAGGAUGUGCCUCCCAGCGGCCUUACAAACCAGGCCAGAGAGUCUCUGAAAGAAUGGAGCCGGCGUCGGAGCAACGAAACCACAAGUCAUAAGGACAGCAAACUGCAUCAGAGGUUUAUAAAGGUGCUGUUUCAAGAUGGCGACAGUAGCUUGGUAAAAACCCUAAUGUGGAAGACUGCACUCAACGGUGAAGCCAUGGCUCAGCUCUGUGCUGUGAAGUUUGGAGUGGACCAGCCGGAGGAUUACAGCCUGUACUGGAGGAGAGACGGGGAGUUAACACCUCUCCCGCCUGACGCCCAGAUUCAAGACCUGCAGAGCAUGGGUGUGAGUGGGGUUCCCCUUAUUUACCAGGCGUCCAGUCAGCAUGAAAUGUCCCAGAAGCUGAACAGAGGAAGUGCAGUGGAUCUAACAGAGGCAGCUUCAUAAUGU